AUGUCUCAGAUAACUAGUAGUUUUGGGGUUUUUCAAUUACCCGAUUGUGUAGCUAGUCGAAAGGUCUAUCGAAAGGUAAAAACCCGAACUCGAUAGCUAUGAACAUCGGUGAGAUAUAAUGAAAAUACUCCUGUCCGUAUCUAUCAUAUAUCUCUUAUAGAUUCAUGAGGUUACUUAUGAUCGUAAUAUUACCUAAUGUUUUUGGAGUAGAUAGAAUUUCUCAAGAGCUCCAAAUAAUGAUAGGGAGUAAAUAUGGUGCGUUUGAGGUUUCCUCAACAUUACACUAUCCGAAAACAAUGAAAAACUCACAUAUACUGACACUGCCGUUAGAACUGUUUAUUGUUGACUAAGAAUCAAAUAAGAAUCAAAAAAACAAGGUUACUGUCUAUUUCCACUUUUUGCAGUACACAUAACUCUCGGAUAAAAUCCGAGAUUACACAUUUAUUUUAAUUUGUCCUAAAUGUGUUUUGUCCGAUUUCAUUUUGUCUCUUUACAAUUCGUCCUAAUUCUCUCUUGUCUCAUUACAUUUCGUCCUCUUGCAUCUCGUUCCAAAAGUUAAGUAUUCAUUUUUUAUCACGAUAAUAUGAAUUAAAAUUUAGGGUGAGUGUGGGGUGGAUGUGAAUAAAGACGAUACAUAUACCC